AUGUCCUCUCGCCUGCACCAACAGCUACUCCUCGUGGCCGCCACGGCACUGGGCCUGUCCCAAGCAGCGCCCUCGCCCGGUCUGCCCAUGGUGAUCAACACGUGGGGCGGGCCCUUCACGGCCGCCACGGACGCAGCGUACGACUUCAUCCGCAAGACCGACUCCGCCACGGCGGCCCUGGACGCGGUCGAGGUGGGGUGCUCGACGUGCGAGGCGCGCCAGUGCGACGGCUCGGUGGGCUUCGGCGGCUCGCCCGACGAGAACUGCGAGACGACGCUCGACGCCAUGAUCAUGGACGGCGCGGCCAUGAAAUCCGGCGCCGUGGCGGGCCUGCGCCGCAUCAAGAACGCCGUGUCGGCCGCCCGCGCCGUCCGCGACCGCACCACCCACAGCCUGCUGGCCGGCGACCUCGCCACCGCGUUCGCCGUGUCCAACGGCAUGCGCGAGGAGGAUCUGACCACCGACGCCACCCGCGAGCGGUGCCGAGCCUGGCGCGACAACAACUGCCAGCCAAACUAUCGCGUCAACGUCACGCCGGACCCAAAGACGUCGUGCGGGCCGUAUGCGGCACCUGCCGGGCCGCCUCCGCUUCUCACUCGUGCCGACUCGCAGGAGUCGCACGAUACUAUUUCCAUGAUCGCCAUCGCCAAGGAUGGGACUAUGGCCGCGGCGACCUCCACUAAUGGCGCUGGCUUCAAAGUUCCGGGUAGGGUUGGCGAUGGGCCAAUUGUUGGCUCAGGGAGCUACGCCGACGACGAGGUAGGUGGUUGCGGCGCAACCGGCGACGGCGACAUCAUGCUGCGCUUCUUGCCCUGCUACCAGGCGCUCGAGAAUAUGCGCAAUGGCAUGACGCCCAAGCAGGCCGCCGCCGAUGCCGUGAGGCGGAUGGUGAGAAAGUACCCAGCUGUCUCAUCCGGAAUCGUGGUGGUUAACAACAAGGGCGAACACGGCGGUGCUGGGUCUGGGUGGACAUUCACCUACAGCUUCAGGGGCGGGAAUAUGAACGAAACACAGGUCGUUUCAGUACCUCCAAUCUCGACAUGUGAGCGAUUCCAAACCCAGCCUUGA